AUGCAGGUUCUGUUGUGCUCCAUCGGCGCCAUUGUCCUCAUCGCGAACGCUCGCGGCGCCCUGUUCCCAAAGGAGUCGUAUCUUGGUUCCUUUUGGAGCACUACCACGAGCAAACCUGGAGGUGUGAAGCAUGAGCUGCACACGCUCCCUGUGGAUGCAAAGGCUGUGGCUGACGGUGACACGAUCACCGUGUAUGUUGACAUGGCUAACCCUCAUGAAUCUGGAAACGUGCCCCGUGAAGUUCAGGAAGCUGCAGCGGAGCGGAUCAAGUUGCGGGCGGCCAAGAACUACCAGAAGGCUGACGCGCUUCAGAAGAUCAUAGUGGAUGCUGGAUAUAGGCAAGUUCCUAACCUCAGUGGUGAUCAGGUUCUUGCAAAGAAGUACCGGGUCAGGCUAAGAGGGAUCGAUGCACCAGAGAACUCGAUGCCUUAUGGUAAAGAGGCAAAAGAGGAGUUAGUGAAGCUGGUGCAGGGAAGAACCUUAAAGAUUUCUGUAUAUGAUACUGACUGGUACGGUCGACUGGUUGGAGAUGUUGUGUGCAAUGGGGUCUUUGUGCAGACAUCUAGUCUUGCAAUUGCGUCUUUACAGUGCAAGAAAUGGAAUGUAUCAAGACUGAGAAAUGGUGUAUGA